UUUCCAGAUUUGAAGAGUAGAAGCAUGCUUUCCAUUGAGACUUACACUAACACUUGUGAUACAGAAUGUCUCUAAAUGAGAAGAAUAGUGUGGUUUUUGCAUAUGAGUCUUCAGUACACGGUACCAAUGUACUCCACAAUCUCAAUGAUCAGAGAAAGCAAGAUAUCCUUUGUGAUGUUACUGUUUUAGUGGAAGAUCAGCGAUUUCGGGCUCAUAGAGCUGUGCUUGCAGCUUGCAGCAAUUAUUUCCUUUCGAGAAUUGUGGGCCAGUUGAAUUCUGAUCUUAUCAUCACUUUACCAGAAGAGGUAACACUUAAAGGAUUUAGUCCUUUGCUUCAGUUUGCAUACACAGCUAAACUUAUUUUAAAUAAAGACAAUGUGUCUGAAGUUUUCAAGUGUGCUGAAUUUCUGGGAAUACGUGAUAUUGAAGAAUCUUGCUUUCAGUUUCUCAAAUUCAAAUUUUUGGAUUGUAAAUCCGGUCAUCAAGAAUGCCCCAGGAAGAAAUGUUGUACGCAGCGUUGUCAGAAAACAAACCCUAAAAUUGGCAAUGUGGAUGAUGCAGAUGUAGAAAUAGAAGAUGAAGCAGAGGAGCUCCUUGAAAAAGAAUGUAUUCAAACUCCUCAGACGAAGCUCUGUAAAGAUGAAGAAAAUGCUAAAAUGUCUCCUGCUUUCCAAGAUAAUACGAAUCAAACAUGUGAUCCUAUACACUUAGAAAGGGGGAAUGUUUCAAGCUCAUCUUCCCUAUGCCCCAAGUAUAGGAAGUUCCAAAAGGCUUUUGGAAAUGACAAAGUGCAUACUUCAGAAGCCAGUCCCAGUAUUAAAGAUAUUCAGGUGCCACCAAUUGGAACUUUUCUUCAGAAGGAAUUACCUGAUAAUGACAGCACACAAAAAACUCAGGAGUGUGCAGCCAUGCAGCUGGUCUCAAAAUGUGAAGAGGCUCAGGUAAAAAUGGAAGAAGGGAAGGAAGAGAGUAAGAAAAAGGAAGAAACAAAGAGAAAUUCUCUGACCCAGAGCAUUUUGUGUCCUGUGGAGAAAGUGGAUGUUGCUCCUUUCCCCGCAAACUCUGCUGCACCUCAUGGACCCAAUUCUGUGUCUUUUUUACAUACAUGUGAGCCAUACGGUGACUUGAACUUCACUGGUGUGCAAACCAACACAGCCAUAGCAGAGAAAAGCGUCACAGGUGCUGGAGCGAGGAGUAACAAAAGUGAAAGUCAAGAUACUGCACCCUCAGAGAUGGAUUUGUGCACUAGGGAAACCAUUGACGUUGCAUCAGCUGGUGAUCGAAGCAGUGUGGAGAGAGAAGUGGCAGAACAUCUAGCAAAAGGGUUCUGGAGUGAUAUUUACAGUACAGAAACUUGCCAAGUACAUUUACCACCUGCAGUAGCAAAAGAAUGCCUGGAACCAGUAUAUUCAGGGAAGAAGUCAGAGUGUCCGUGGCUGGGUAUCAGGAUCAGCGAAAGCCCUGAACCUUGCCCCCAAAGAACUUUUGCAACACUGAAUUCUGUCAACUGCCCCUUUAUAAGCAACCUUAGUGCCGAAGGAUGCUCCAGCAGCUCUGAAAUAAGCAGCGGAGAUUAUGUGCAGGGACAGCAGCAGGAUCAGUGUCCUUAUAACUAUGUGAUAAGUUUGGGAGAGGAUUCGGAGACUGACACCGAGGGAGACAGCGAAUCCUGUUCAGCAAGAGAGCAGGACUGUGAGGUAAAACUGCCAUUUAAUGCCCAAAGGAUCAUUUCACUUUCCAGAAAUGAUUUCCAGUCAUUUCUGAAAAUGCAUAAAUUGACUCCUGAACAAUUGGACUGUAUCCAUGAUAUCCGAAGACGAAGUAAAAAUAGAAUUGCCGCACAGCGAUGUCGUAAGAGAAAACUUGACUGCAUACAAAAUCUUGAAACCGAAAUUGAGAAGUUGCAAAAUGAGAAGGAGAACCUGCUGAAGGAGAGAAACCACAUUUUGUCAACCCUGGGUGAGACAAAGCAGAAUCUGACUGGACUUUGCCAGCAGGUGUGUAAGGAAGCAGCCUUAAGUCAUGAGCAAAUACAAAUACUUGCAAAAUAUUCUUCCUCAGAUUGUCCACUUUCCUUUUUAUUCCCUGAGAGAGAACGAACAGCUCCGUCUGAUAGUGAACUUGUGAUACCAUCAUGUAUGGAAUUAGCAGAAGGUCUUUCAGGUGUUACAUCUACCACUGAGCAGAGUUCUUGUUAUCAGUGUGUGAAAGAUGUAUGUGAUCCAACUUAUAGUCAAGUACAAGAACUGCAUCCAGUUUCUGUAAGAACGCUGGAGAAGACUUCACUUGUGGAACAGUGUGGGCAGAGCAGUGGUAUCACAGACUUCUGCCAGCAAAUGACUGACAAAUGCACUACGGAUGAGUAAAUCUGUUGUCUUUCUAUUGCCAGGCUCUGAGCAUUGCAACUUAGAGUGA